GACGUUUGACAUCUGGCAUUUUCAGAUUUAACUGCGUCCUAAUUUUUUUAAUUCGACUUGCGACGUGUUACAAACUUGCUUUGCAUAUCUCGUACCGUUCAUCGUUCAAAAAGCCGGUUGAAAGGAUAAAGGUCUGUUACUACACAAUAAGAGUGUAGUAUCGAUAGGGUUUGAACCAUGACGGACCGUUUGGAUCUACUGCUAUUGGGGGCCACAGGCUUCACGGGAAUUCACUGCAUUCCCUAUUUACACAAAUUCUCCAAGUCCAGUGGCCGCAACAUGACCUGGGGCGUUGCUGGCCGCUCGGAAGAGAAACUCAAACAGGCUUUGGAGAAAAUUGGAAAAGAAAUCGAAGCGGAUCUGGAGAAGAUCCCCACCAUAGUUGUCGACAUCAACGAUGAAGAGUCCUUGUUGAAGAUGGCUCAAAGGGCGAAGGUCGUCAUAAACUGCUGUGGCCCAUUCUUCCCCACCUUGGGGGAAGCCGUCGUAAAGGCCUGUAUUGCGGCGGGAACCCAUCACGUGGAUGUUAGCGGCGAGCCACAGUAUAUGGAGAAAGUCCAGUUGGAGCAAAACGUGGCGGCCAAAGAGAAAGGUGUGUACGUGGUCAGCGCCUGUGGUUUGGAUAGCAUCCCCGCGGAUCUAGGUAUCGUUUUCCUCCAGCAAGAGUUCGAGGGUACCCUUAAUUCCGUUGUCACCUACAUGGAGGCGUGGGAGGAAGGUAGUCGAUCUACACCGGGUUCCGCAGUGAAUUACGGUACUUGGCAUUCAGCCGUCACUUCUCUGGGUCAUUGGAACGACUUGGUCGAACUGCGUAAGAAGUUGUUCCCCAAGAAGUUGCCCAAGUUCGAGCCGCAAUUGAAACAUAAGGUCAUGCCGCACAAAUCUAAUGUCGUUGACGGCUGGGUCGUUCCGUUCCCCGGCUCGGAUCGUUCGGUGAUAAAGAGGUCCCAGUUGUACUUUUACGAGGUGGAUCAAAGAAGGCCCGUACAAGUCGGGACUUAUUUCGUUGUGAAAUCGCUGAUGGGGCUGAUCCUAUUGGCCAUAUUCGGUACGAUUUUCAGCCUCUUCACUAAAUUCUCGUUUGGAAGAAAACUUCUAUUGAACUAUCCGGAGAUUUUCAGCGGCGGUUACUUCAGUAAGAAAUCGCCUCCGGAAGAGAAAAUCCAAAAGUCUUGGUUCCAGAUUACUUUGUACGGCGAGGGGUGGAAGGAGAAGUUGACGGACAAGGACGACCAGUACCCCAAACCUUGCGACAAGUGCAUUGUGGGGCGAGUCAAGGGGAAUAACCCCGGGUACGGGGCCACAUGUGUCUGCUUGGUGUUGUCGGCCAUCGUAAUUGCCACCGAGAACGAUAAAUUGCCUGGAAAGGGAGGAGUUUUGGCUCCGGGGGCGGCGUUCGCAAAGACGUCCCUCGUCAAACAGCUGAACGAGAACGGCGUCACCUUCGAUGUCAUCUCGCAGAAGGAUCUGUAAACCACGACUGGCUCGCAAUUUAUUUAUUUCAUAAGGGUUACUGCAAUUACUAAGUAUUUUAAUAUGCAUUUAAUCGUUUCUGUAGGUAUUAGAUUUACACGUAACUUAGUUUUGUACUCGAUUCGUAUUGAUAUUUUAAGGUCGGCCAUAUUUCGGGAUAACAAAUUGUGUUUUUGCAUUGAAGUUAGUCAAAGAACGUGAAUUAGAUACGGAAUCUGUUUGUUUGUUUUUUUUUUUAAUUGAAGUAAUGUAAUGUUUGUAGGGUUUAUCUGUACGUCUUAUACUUUUGCAAUGGCUUAAUGUAUCUCUAGAGACUGACAAUGUGCUUUAUGAUGGAUUAUUAAUUAUUAUCGUGUAUACUGUUGUAACGGUCUAAUAAAAAUUUAUAUUUUAUUGGAA